AUGGACCGUUACCUGCCUCCGGAUACUCCCGAUACCCUCAAUACCCCAGGUCUUCACCACAUCAAAGAAUCGACUGCCGAGUCGGACUCGGAUGGCCAAUGCCAAGUCCACUCCGUACCUCACACUGGGAAUACCAAUUCCAUUGACCACAUCUCCUCUGAGGAACGCAGUGCAGGGUGCAAGGAGCUGGUCAGUUACUCUAGGCCUCGCUGGAGGAAUGCUUGGCGACAGCGCGUGGCGAAGCAAACUGCCAAGAUCUGGGCAUUGGAUAUUCAGAAUGCGCCCGGUACGACUCGAGGUGUCGUAUGGAACAGUUCUGGAAAUCAAUGA